UAACCCUUUCUCCCCCCAGCAAUGAUCCUCAUGUUCUAUACGAUUUUCUACACCUUCCUCGCGGCCGUCUUCGUUCUCAGUAUGUGGGUGUUGCUGCAGACCAUCGACGAAUAUAAUCCAAAAUACGCCGAUCGACUGGUCAAUCCAGGGUUGAUGAUCAGACCCAAGCUGGACGCCCUGGAGAUUGUAUACAGCAUCAAUGGGCACAACGCUUCCUGGCAGAGAUACGUUGAUGGCCUUAAUACUGUGCUGCAAGAUUACAACCAAUCUGUCCAAGAACAUAGAGGCACCGUGUGCCCAUCUGGAGUCUACAACCGGCAGGACGACUUUGGGGAGGUCAGGAAUUACCCCAAGAAAGCUUGUCAGUUUGCCCGGGAUAAUUUGGGUGACUGCUCCGGGAUAGGAUUCGAUCCCAUGUUCGGAUAUGCCAACGGAACGCCAUGUGUCCUCAUCAAAAUGAACCGGGUGAUAAACUUCUUCCCAAAAGUCAUCCCGAGCCUCUCCAACACCUCCAUCACCAUCAGAUGUUUCGGCAGGAAGAUAAAAAUGGCUGCAAAUGAUACGAACGAGGAAAACGACAAUCUCCUGGGCAGCAGAGCCUACUUCCCCAGCACCAACCAGGGCCUGGGCAGCAUCGACCUCAAGUACUUCCCCUACUAUGGAAACCGGGCACAGAAAAAUUACACGCAGCCAUUUGUGGCGGUGAAAUUCCUGAACGUGACGCAGAACAUGGACCAUAAUGUGGAAUGUCGCAUAAACGCUGCCAACAUCAAGAAUCAGGAUGAACGGGACAAAUUCCAGGGGCGGGUGAUCUUCAGGCUGAGGAUUGACUCAUGAAGACGAUCGUCCAACGUUCUUCCUCAUCUUCCCCCGACAUAGACGGACAGAGCCGGGGACAUGGGAUCGUAGUCGUAGGAUAUCACUGCCUCCUCCCACCCGGCUCAUACAUCAACGGACCGCCACGCCAGGCUGGGGGGUAAUGACACCAUGUAGGCUUAUAUCCCACCUAGGAACUACCACUAAACAUGUCCACACAUAGGCCACUGUCUCCACCAGACAACACAGGGGCGUGCAGCCAAUAUCCCCACUAAGGGGCGUGCAGCCAAUAUCCCCACCAAGGGGCGUGCAGUCAAUAUCCCCACUAAGGGGCGUGCACAGUCAAUAUCCCCACUAAGGGGGCGUGCAGUCCAUAUCCCCACUAAGGGGGCGUGCACAGUCAAUAUCCUCACUAAGAGGCGUGCACAGUCAAUAUCCUCACUAAGGGGCGUGCAGCCAAUAUCCCCACUAAGGGGGCGUGCAGCCAAUAUCCCCACUAAGGGGCGUGCAGUCAAUAUCCCCACUAAGGGGCGUGCAGCCAAUAUCCCCACUAAGGGGCGUGCAGCCAAUAUCCCCACUAAGGGGCGUGCAGCCAAUAUCCCCACUAAGGGGCGUGCAGCCAAUAUCCCCACUAAGGGGCGUGCAG